AUGGAUAAAAAAUAAUUAUAUUAUAAAGUUAUUCUAGAUUCUCAGUCUUAAAAAAAUAAAAUUUAAUUCAUUGUAGAAAAUGAUUUAGCUAAUUAAACUAAAAUGGAUGAAGAUAAGUUUGAAAAUUUUAUUCUUGAUAAAUAUGCAAUCUCUAAAUAACAAAUUAACACAGCGAAUAUAUCAUUUUCAAACUUUAAGCAGUAUUCUCAUUUUUUAUUUACAAAAAUCAAGAAUUUAGUUUAUAAUAAUAAGCUAUAGCUGAAUGUAAAAAAACUAUUCCUAGAAGUAAAAUUUUGCUAUCUCUAUUAAGAUGAUGCCCAUUAUUUAGAUGAUCUAUUAAGUACCUUCUAAUAAGAUUUAGAACUUUUAUCUUUGAAUCUUAUUGGAAACUAUCUAUCACUUUAUGGAUUGUCUUAAAUAUUAAAAUCAAUAAGCAGACUAUUCCCAAAACUGAACAGAUUAAUCAUAGAUUUCUCUGUUAAUUCUUCAGCUCAUUUGCAUAAAGUAGAUAUAAAAAAGUUUGAUGGAUUUCAUGAUAUCAUUAAAUUGAAUAGCCUAAAAUCUAUUGACUUAAAUUUGAACUAAGCUGUUGAAUUUAGCAAUUUUUUUGAGUGCUUAAAAAACCCAUAAAGUUUUCCAUCUAAUUUGAAAGAAAUUUUUAUAAAUUGCUAAUAAUUGGAGUAUGGAUAGAGUAAAAGUAAUUUCUUUGAAAAUUUCAGCUUUAUUUUUGAAAGACUUCCUCAGUUAGAAUAUCUUGAUUUAAACUUUACAAGCUCAUACACAAGUGGUAUACUAACAUUCUUAAAUGCUCUUAAAAAUUCUAGAUUACAAAAAUUUGUCUUGGAUUUAUAUAAGGGUAAGCUAAACGAAACUCCAAGUUAAAUCAUGAACACAAUAUUUUAAUCAUAAUACCUCAAGUAUCUAGACAUAAAUUUCAGAAUGGCAGCUAAUAAUUCAACUGAUUGUUUAGAAGUAUUUUAAAACCUUCAUAAAUGCACAAAUCUUGAAAUCUUGAAGGUAUCGCUAAAAAAUAAUGAUAUUGAAAAUUUGCAACUAAUUACAUUUGCUGACCAUUUAAGUAAAACACCUACAAAUUUAAGCUAAGUAAAUUUAGAUUUAACCAAUGACUACAAACAAAAGAGGCUUUCUUAAGAAUACAUUAAUCAUUUAGAAUUCCAAAUAUUGUAGAUACCUAAUUUAACACAUGCUAGUAUUUCUUUUACAGAAACAAAUGCAGAAAAACAUUCUUAGCGUUUAAAAUAAUAUAGCUAACAAGCCAAAGCAUUAAUCUAACAAAAUAUUGCUUUCAAAAAGUUAAUUGGCCCAUUUAUGGUCUUCAAUCCAACUUUUAUUAGCUAAGAUUUAUUCUUUUGA